UCCAAUAAGAGGAAAGGAGACGGCGAGCAGGAGGGAAGAAAAAGCGGCUGGAAGAGGCAGAAUGUGAGCACGGUGAUGGAGGUAUUCGACUGCACCGUCUGCUCCAAGCCCCUCAGGCCUCCCAUUUUCCAGUGUUCCAAGGGAAACUCCAUCUGCGGGGAUUGCCAGGAGAGGCUUCCGUUAUUAGAAGGGAUCGGCGUCCAGCGCAGCUACAUCAUGGAGCGCGUCGUCGACAACAUCUUCAUUCCCUGCAAACAAGGAUGCUCCACCACGAUCGCUUACUACCAGAAGGAAAAGCAUGAGAGGCAGUGCCCUUGCGGCCCGUGCUUGUGCCCCGUCUCCGGCUGCGGGUUCGUCGCGCCAACGGCUGUGCUCCUUGACCAUCUUGCCACCGUGCACAAUUUGCCAGCAACAUCGAUGGAGUUAUUCCAGCCUUUCGAUGUCCCGGUGCAGCCGGGCUCCCGAGUUCUCAAAACCAAAUACAACCGCCUCUUCCUGCUCAAGAUGGAGGCGCUGGAGUCCUACGGCCAUGGCGUCUCACUCGUAUGUGUGCAGCCAGAAACUCCGGGAGGAAAUGUCCGAAUCACCGUGGGUUUCUCGUGCGCACCAGGACAUAAUCAGGAGUCAAAGUGGGAAAUGGGACCCGAUGGGGUACCAAAGCAGUGCUUGUGCAUCGUGCCUGGUAAAGAAACCGAUGUUGUGGCCACCAUCACAAUAGAGAGGGAGGACGAUGACGAAGACUAAGGCUAUGACUGCAAGGAGUAUGAUGAUUUAUAUGUUGUCUCGAUUUUUAUGGAAAGAUGUGUGCGUAAGAUUUUAGUUUAAGAUGUGUGAAGAUUCGUUUGUUCAUGUUUGGCACAGCUCCACCAGUUGUCCAAUAAACGAUCCCCAAUAAGGUGUUCUUUGAGCUGUCCAAACAAAAAAAAAUCUGGUUAUUGGGGGCUGCUUUUGCAGAUCGCCAAAUAAAUCAUCCCCGACAAGGUGUUAUUGGUUU